GAGACUGACAUUGAAAUGGAAGGAUUGUAGUUCUUCGGAGCCAUUAUGAUCUCCAAAGGAAAGGAGAAUGAUACACUGGCUGAGGUGUUUUGAGGUGCAUCGAAGUGUGCCGAGCCGUGGCUCACCUUAACAUGUUCUUGAAGUACCAUGGCGUGGAUUAAAAGGAAAUUUGGUGAACGGCCUCAACCUAAACGACUCACUAGGGAAGCUAUGCGAAAUUAUCUAAAGGAGCGAGGUGAUCAAACCGUACUAAUCCUCCAUGCAAAAGUUGCACAAAAGUCUUAUGGAAAUGAAAAAAGGUUUUUUUGUCCUCCUCCUUGUGUAUAUCUUAUGGGCAGUGGAUGGAAGAAAAAAAAAGAACAAAUGGAACGCGAUGGUUCUUCUGAGCAAGAAUCUCAACCAUGUGCAUUUAUUGGAAUAGGAAAUAGUGACCAAGAAAUGCAGCAGUUGAACUUGGAAGGAAAGAACUAUUGCACAGCCAAAACACUGUAUAUAUCUGAUUCAGACAAGCGAAAACAUUUCAUGUUAUCUGUAAAAAUGUUCUAUGGCAACAGUGACGACAUUGGUGUGUUCCUCAGUAAACGGAUCAAAGUAAUCUCCAAACCUUCUAAAAAGAAACAGUCGUUGAAAAACGCUGACUUAUGCAUAGCUUCAGGAACAAAAGUGGCACUAUUUAAUCGACUUCGAUCACAAACAGUCAGCACCAGAUAUUUACAUGUAGAAGGAGGAAAUUUCCAUGCCAGUUCACAACAGUGGGGAGCAUUUUUUAUUCAUCUCUUGGAUGAUGAUGAAUCAGAAGGAGAAGAAUUCACAGUGAGAGACGGCUAUAUCCAUUAUGGACAGACUGUCAAACUUGUGUGUUCAGUUACAGGCAUGGCACUCCCAAGAUUGAUCAUUCGAAAAGUUGAUAAACAGACCGCAUUACUAGAUGCAGAUGAUCCAGUGUCACAGCUACAUAAAUGUGCAUUUUAUCUUAAGGAUACAGAAAGAAUGUAUUUGUGCCUUUCACAAGAGAGAAUAAUCCAGUUUCAAGCCACUCCAUGCCCAAAAGAACCAAAUAAAGAGAUGAUAAAUGAUGGAGCUUCUUGGACAAUCAUUAGCACAGAUAAGGCAGAAUAUACAUUCUAUGAAGGUAUGGGACCUGUCCAUGCUCCAGUAACACCUGUUCCUGUUGUAGAAAGUCUUCAGUUGAAUGGUGGUGGAGAUGUAGCAAUGCUAGAACUUACAGGACAGAAUUUCACUCCGAAUUUACGUGUCUGGUUUGGGGAUGUGGAAGCUGAAACUAUGUACAGAUGUGCAGAGAGCAUGCUUUGUGUUGUCCCAGAUAUUUCUGCAUUCCGAGAAGGUUGGAGGUGGGUCCGUCAGCCAGUCCAAGUGCCAGUAACUUUGGUUCGUAAUGAUGGAAUCAUCUAUUCUACCAGCCUGACCUUUACAUACACACCAGAACCGGGGCCACGGCCACACUGCAGUGCAGCGGGAGCAAUCCUUCGAGCCAAUUCAAGCCUCAUGGCCUCUAAUGAAUCCAACACAAACAGCGAGGGAAGUUACACAAAUGUCAGCACAAAUCCAACCAACGUCACAUCAUCUACAGCAACAGUGGUAUCCUAACCACUGUUGUGACCUAGGACUUACUCUGAUUCUCAAGUACUGCAAACAAGAAAAUGGAACAGUCUUUUGUGGCUGCUUGAGAAAACUGUCCAUUCUGAGUGAUUCUCUUUGAGCCCUGUUACCUACAAGUACUGAUUUGGAAAAGCAGAAGCCACAAUAAAAAAAAAAGUCAAAAUAUAAAAACUUUAUUGGGAAAUCUAUUUUUCAGCUGGGUUUUUUGGUUUUUUGGUUUGUUUGUUGUUUUUUUUUAAUGGGCAAGAAAUAGAAAUGUGGCUGGGAUAAUGUUUAGAAAACAAUGAACAUCACAGUUUUUAUGGACCAAGGAACUUGUAUAAGCUUUAGUAAAAGGUACAUUUUCACCAUACCUUUUUUGUAUCACAACAUAUAGUACACUUUUGUUACCAAAUAGUUUAUAUUUUUUUUCCUCUGAGCUUUUGCUCUGAAGUAUAAUCAGGUUCCAUACCUGACCAUACUUGUAUAAUCUAAUUACCAUACUCUUCCAGUUUAAAAAAAUAUAUAUAUUUUUGGUCUGUGGCUGGAACUGUUCCUUUUUUAAACUGAAGUCUUGUGACUUUUUAUGAACUGAAAUUGUUUUGAUUUCAGCAAGUAGAACCUUGUAAAGGCCAGCAUAUUUUUUUUAAGAUUAUAUGAAGUCUGUGCAAAAGCUUUAAAAAAAAUGCCUCUGCCUUGCCUGCAAUACAUGCAAUGUAUGUUAACUUAGUGCUCUAUUUUCCUGUCAUUGUCAAUAGUUCUUUGUGUUUUCCUUUUUUUAAAAAAAAAUGUAUUUAUAGCGGUAACUCAAGAAGUUCUAACAUUUACAAGAACUUAUAUGUGACCAUCUAGUCAUGUUAAUGACUGUUCAUGCGACAGAAAAUAAUGGUUUUUGAAGGGUUUUGUAUUUUUUCUUUCAAAUCACAAAUGCAGCCAUCUGUUGUUUCAGG